AUGUCACUAAGUUUUUCUGUUGAAAAUAUCGUUGCUUGCGAUAAAAGUGUACGAUGCGAAGAGGAGCCGGGACCAAGUCGAAAGUGUCCAACCAAAUCAAGCCCAGGGCUUCCUUAUGAUCUUAUUCAGGCAACUCGAACCAGUAGGGAUCUAAUGCGUACGAAGAAUAUCGUUGCUACUCAUUUCAAAAAACUAUUGGACAAAGAGUGGACAGCGUCAUCUAAGGAGAUUGAUGAGGAAGUUCCAGUUGAGAAGAUCACGUCGAACUUGGUCACUUCUGGGCGUCAAAAUUUUGCUGCAUCGGUUGCUGCCACGGAUACGUCACGAUGCUCAAGCGCGAAUCGACUUCAUGACGAUCCACUUCAGCUGGGUCAGCGGUCAACUGCUUUACGUUCUAGAGGACCAACACCACAGACUUUAUCAUAUUUUGAUGUGUUACUACCACAUGUACAAAUGGCAUCAACGAAUCCCUUUAUUAUGGGUCUAACUGACGCUGACGUGGCCACAAAUCAGCAAAAACUUUGGUCUCAGCAAUGGAUUGAACUAUUUCAGCAGUCUGCUGGAUGCCGUCAGUUCGGCGACACUGCUGCAGGUUUGUUUCUCCAGCCGCUUCAGAAGAACAAACGGAUCCGUACCGCAUUUUCGCCACACCAGUUGAUACAGUUGGAGAAGGCGUUUGAAGUCAAUCAUUACGUUAUCGGCAAUGAAAGAAAGGAGCUGGCGACGAGGCUGUCGCUUACAGAAACUCAGGUAAAAGUCUGGUUUCAAAAUCGUCGAACAAAGCACAAACGUGUGAAAUCGGAUGCCGAAAAAUCUUCUACUCCUGGAGCUUAA